AUGUUUGUCGAUGUUUUGCCGCGUUGGGAAAGAUAUACUUACUGGGUCUGCAGUUUGUCGAGCCUCGCCUACUGUGUUUUUAGUGUGUUUCAAGAAGGAGAAAGACAUAAAGACAGAUAUCUGGACGACGGCUUGCUCACUGGCUGGAGCUGGAUUGGAAGACCUAAGGACAACACACACCUUGGGUGGUUCAUUUGGAUGAACACUGUUUGGACAGCUCUGUCAUGGAAUGUCAUUCAUGUGAUGCUAUCUCAAGCUUGCAGGUUCUGUCAAGCGAACGGUCAAAUACGCCAACUACUGUUGACGAUGGCCAGCUUGUGUUUCUUAUGCUCGGUGUACGGGAUCAGAAUAGUGACCAUACUGCUCGUCAUAGCAACCAUAAUGUACCUUCUCUCCCUUCAAGACAGACUCCGGCUGAUAUGGCUACUGGCUAUAGCAUUGAUGUUCUCGAGGUUUUUGGACUUCGUAGAUAAAUUUGAGGCACAAUAUUUGCUGCUUGAGGAUAUUCUCAUGUAUACACAGUUUCACAUCUCCGUCAGUACAUUCUGUAUCAAAAUCAUCAGUUUUGGUUUGGAGAAGAGAAAAUACAGAGAUCAGCAAACCAACACAAAGAAAACGGACAGAGAAUCAUCCGGGCAAACAUUUGCGUCCAGUGGUACAAGCAAGAAUAAAUCGACACAUUCCAUGAACUCCGUCAAUGAAAUCAAUGCAGAAAUGGAUAUUGUUGAAAGCGAUCCUACUUUUCUAGACUCAUUGUUUUAUUUGUUUUACUAUCCCACCUUCUUUUGGGGUCCAUUUUAUGAGUAUUGUCAUUUCCAUAAUCAAGUAAAGUCUUCGUUUAAAACUUUAAUUUUAACAGAAAGUUUUUACGAUGUCACAAAGCAGUUGAUAAAAAUCGUCUUCUUCAUGUUUUUUAUUGAACUUCAUGCUCAUUUUCUGUACUAUACACGCAUCGGUUACGAUGAAGAGUUGCUAGAAAGUGUGUCAGAUUGGACAUUCUACGGAAUCAUUUACUGUCACAGCUGCUAUUUUCAUACAAAAUAUUUUAUAACCUAUGGGUUCGGCAUCCAAUUGUCUAGACUUGACGGCAUUGCUCCUGUGUCUGCACCUCGCUGUAUUCAUUUCUCAUAUUCUGGUGCUGACCUAUGGAAAAGUUUUGAUGAAGGAAUAUAUAUUUUCUUGAAAAAGUGCAUUUUUAUCCCUUUGGGUGGAUCGAGACGGGGUGUUCUGAGGCAACUACUAAUUUCAGGCUUGUGUUUUGUGUUUAUGAUUUUCUGGCAUGGUGCGGGUAAAAAAAUUAUUAUCUGGGGUGUCGUUAACUAUUUCACGUGCGUACUGGAAAUUGCAGGCUCCAGGUUGAGCAAGUCUGAUUUCGGAGUCAGGGUGAAGUCCCACCUGAGUCCAGCAAUGAUCCUCAGACUCAAGGCUCUCCUACAUUACCCAGUGUACAUGAUGCUAUUGCUCACAGGCUAUUACUUCUUCUUCACCAGGCAUGUAGGUUGGAUUGCCUUUUCCAAGAUGACGUUUCAGG